CUGCAUGAGGACUUAUAAAGAAAAGGGAAUUUUUAGGUUUCUCAGGGACCUGAUGGUAAUUUGGCUGCUAGUAUUGAUACUGGUGGGGGUCUCUCUUUUGUUUUCGUUUCUCUCAGAGAGAGAGAGAGAGGGAGAGAGGGCAUCGACGGCGCGGCCAUGGCGGACGAGGCCGGAGGAGGGCGUUCUGCGAUUCAGGGAGAGAUCUCGGAGAGGUCUCAGGAUCAAAAUGCCUCUGGUACCCAGAAUUCGCCAAGUGCUGCAUUUCAGAUGUUCCCAGCCACAUUCCCUUGCCUCCUACCAGGACUUUUUCCUCAGGCUAGCUCUGAACAAGAGGAUCAUGGGCCUGGGAUUUAUGCUGUACCUGUCAAUCCAUACAUGGGACCAAUGGCUGGGUUUCCACCAAAUACUCUUAUUCCUCUAACCUAUAAUAUCCCUAGGAGAACAGAUUCUGCUGGAACUGCAGCUGGAGAGAAUGGGCAAGUGAGGCCACAGCUUGGACGGCAAAGACAAGUGGUUGACAGACGUUUUCACUUUGCAUUCCAGCUUGACUUGGCGCUCCUACUAAAAUUAGCUGCAAUGGUUUUCCUUUUUGGCCAUGAAGGAUCAAGACAAAGGCUCAUUCUUCUUGUGUUGUUUGCCUUGCUGAUGUAUCUUUAUCAGACUGGAGUUCUUCGCCCCCUUGUAAGAUGGGUCCGACAGGGGGCUGCUCCUCCCCAACCUAGGCCUGCAGUCCCACCAGAGAAUGCCCCACGCCCAGAGCCUGAUGAGAGAAAUGAGCCUCGACCAGAGGAAAACCCAAGAGUUGAUAAUCAAAACCAACCUCCUGAAGCAGAGAACCCGCCGGCUGCAAAUGAGAACCUGCAGCCGCAGCCAGAGCCAGAGAGAAGGAAUGGAAUUGACUUGAGAGGAUUCGCCAGGGAGAUCCAAACAUUUAUCAUUGGUUUCAUUACUUCUCUUUUUCCAGGGUUUCAUCAUCAUCACAAUGACUAGUUCUUGCUGUAGCUAGCUGUAGGUGAUCAAAUGGCAGGCAACAGCUUUAUAGAAACUGAGAAAUAGAUCCGAAAUUCAAGUUCUUUUCCGGUUAAUGAGACUUAAUAACAGAAAUCUAUCUUCACCCGUAUACAUUGUAGCUUUACUGAUUGUGGAUGAGUUUUCAAUUGCAAUGUUGCUUUUCUCGA